AUGAAGGAUUCUGUAGUUACCUCUCAUGACUGUAUUACGAAGCCUCUUAAAGUGAUCAAACAUCAGCUUGAACAAUCAUUUCGUGCUGAUUCGUCAUUGCAGAAUGAAUUUGACAUACCAACAUAUUUUCAAACCAUUUUCUCAACUGAAGAAAGCGUGCUUGAGAUACCUUCUUUAAAUGAUACCUCCGUAUACGAUAUUCCACAUCAUUCGCUUGUUCGCUUUCGAGCCAUGAUUCAGAACACGGGAUUUGGUCACGAAAUGUUUGUAAGCUUUUACGAAACAUCGGAUCAUAAGGGUAACAAGAAAUGGAAAUACAACAAGUAUUCGGACGAUAUGGAUACGGAUGUGAUGUUUGACUUCGAUCCGAAUAUUCAUUACAAUAAAUUUGAUGAGAGAUAUUUAUAUUAUUGCGUAUCUGUUCCUGGGGAAACUCAAUGGGCUAAACAGAUAUCCUGCAGGAGUGUCCGUCGUUUAGCGAAACAGGAACUGACAUCGAAGUUUUAUGAAAAAGAUGAUUCUCUAAAAGUAACCGAUGUUGUUGAAUUCAUCGGUGUUCUUUCUCAUCCUAAAGAAUUAAGUGAUGAUGAACUAGAACAAGGCGAUGAAGAAUGUGGCUUCGAUGUUGCGUUCUCCAUUGUUCCUUGUAUCCAUGCGAUCUAUUACAGGACUCUUCAUACGUCAGGCAAUCCACUUAUAUCGCCUCAAUUGACUGACCCUUAUGAUAUACAACGUCGUGCAAGUCACACACGAAGUUCGUUACUCCAAUAUAUUGCUGCCGCAUUUAAAAAUGAUUACUUAGUAGCUGAAUUUGUCUUACUACAACUUUUAUCUAGAAUAUAUAACCGACGCAAUGGUUUGACCCUUGGUAAACUUGUAUUGAAUAUAAGUAACGUGCCAUCAUGCCCCCUUGUUAAAAACGGGCGCUUAUCUUCAUCUUCCAAUUCGAGUCUGAUUCACUCGAAUGUGUUUACAAAGCGUGUAUCCACUGUUCUCUCCUCACUCCUGCCCAAGUAUCAUGAUCUUCCUCUAACUCUUUCGACUUUUAAUGAGUUCCUUUUUUAUCCACGAGAUAAUGAUAAGUUAGAUUCUGGGAUACUUCAAGUUAGUCAGGGAACUUGGUUUUUAAUUGAUGAGACUGUUAUGGAAGAAGGAAAACUCGAUGAUAUUGGCGUCCGUAAUCUACAGGCGUUGAAUGAAAUUCUAGACAAUCAACAGCUUAAAUAUGCAUUUCCAUUUAACGAUUUUGAAUUUGAAACUGAUAUUGGUGCAAUCAUAUUGUCGAAUGCAAGAUCAUUUCUACCAUGUGAUUGCAUUAUUCCUUUAAUGUCUAACGUCGAAGAGACGUUAGUGUUUGACGUACAAGAAGAAAUCUUAGCAGAAUUUAGGAUAUAUCUUAGUACUCUUCGAUACGUUGAAUAUUCUAUCCCUGAAAGCGUUUCGAAGCAUAUUGAAAACGAAUUCGUCAACCAACGAAAAAAUGCCUCAAAAACUGGUCAACCUUUGGUGACUCAAACCGACUUAUUACUGCGAAUGACUUUAGCAAGAUUGGUGACUUUAAGCUUUGGUCAAUUUGAGCUAACACCAGAGCUGUGGAACUAUACACAAAAUUUGGAUGAGCAGCGAAAACAACGCAUUCAAUGUUGA